GCGCCGAAUCCAACGGAAAGCAAGGCAGUCGCAACUGUGGAACGCUCGAAGGCAGACACUCGCUCUCCUGCGGUGCAAAAACUCCCCACCAUGGCAGAAGCAGCAGCGCCACGGAGCCGUUCCCCAUCGCCUGCCGGGGGCAGCACUCAAGGUGACGGCAGCAGUGACGACGCCUCGUCCCACGAUUCACAAGAUGCGGCUGCCGCCGCGCAGGAGGCCCUGGGCGCCACUCCAAGCGAUUCGGAUGAGUCGCGUGACCUGGUGCCGAUGCAAGACCUUCACAUUCCGGAACAGGUGACACCACCGGAAGGCUCCUCGCCGCCGCACGAAGAGUCCGAGCCUACGGACAGCACGGCAUGGCUCAUAGAACGUAUGGGCGAAAUUGCACGGCAAGUCAGAGACCACUUCAGGAAGUACCGGUUGGGAUACUUGUUCCUCCUGGCGUUUGUGUCGGUUAUCAUAGCCGCGGUCGGUCUUACGGUGGCAAUCGCCACAUACGCACCGAAAGAACAAGCGCGCACCACGACAGAGCCACCGACGCCACCCCCGCCGAAGACCCGUAUACUGGAGCAUUGGCGGCCGUGGCGCGAGCGAAAGGCCGACAACGGACUUCCUCGAAUCCUGCUGUGGAACAAAAUCCAACACGACAAGUUCAAAGUCGUCGGGUACACCGUGUGCGCUACAGGACGUAACAAAACGGUGGUGUGCGACGUCACUCACGAGCGGUCCUUCCUAAGGUUCAGCGACGUCGUGGUCUUUGAUGACGAGCAUCUGGCGCAUUGGGGCAUGCCUGAGGAGCGAAAGCCAUAUCAAAAAUGGGUCUUUUGGGCCAAACGCCACGUGUCUGCCGACGUAAGCAAGCCGAGUUCGGAGGACUCCCUUUCAGUCCCGCUAUUUGCCGGCAAGAUCAACUGGACGAUGGCCUUCAGAGACGACGCAGACAUUGUCAUUCCGUACAAAAGAUGGCGCUGCGAUUCGCCCGCGAAUACGUCUCUGUCCAAGAGCUCAAAGCGGACUAGCGAGAAAAGGAAAGACGUCGCCUGGAUCGUGGGCACUUGUGAGCAGAGUCGAUUUGAGAAGCAAGCACCGUCCCUGCCUGGGGAGGGCGACCCCGUCCAAGGUCACAGGGAGCGCACGGUGAGCCUGCAACUGUUUCCAGCGUGCGGGAAUAAACGGUGCCCGUCGCCGCACCGCUGCAUUCCGCAUAUCGCCGAGAACUACAAUUUCAUCGUGGUGUCUUUGAAGCCCGACUGCUUCCAGAGCGCAUACGAACUCAUUUACGACGCGUUCCAAUACAACGUGGUUCCCGUCGUGCUGGCGCCACCCAACGCUACCCUCAACGUUCCCCACAACUCAGUGGUCAGCUCGUCCAACCUGCAGCAGCCGGGCCAACUUGCUGCUCAUCUGCGAGAACUCCUGAACGACCGUGCCCUGUACGAGAGCUACUUCGCCUGGAAGGAGAACUGUUCCUUCGUGCCUUCCGAGAACGAAAUGUGUCCACUGUGCCGCGCUGUUAUGACAACGCCCGCGGACUCCGUGGACCUUCAUUCCGACAUUGUGGGAUGGUGGACGAAAGGAUUGAAGUGCGAGGAUGACUUUCUGUACGGCCUCGACAGGGCGUUCAUGCCACAGCUCUGAACCUCAUCUUCGUAUGCGGACAGUUGAGCUGGUGUGUUCACGGCUCGGCUGCGUGCGUCUGGCAUGUUUCAGUCUAUUGGCUCACGCUGCAGUUCUAUCCAUUUCACAAGCAGUGUUUUUACCCUUUUCAUACCCAUAGUUAUAGCAAUAUUUGUUGUAUUUUCUGGGCACCUAUAUUUCUGCACCUGCAUUGCUACAUUUUCUUUCCUGCAUGCCUUUUAAGAAUGAAUAAACGUUGCUUUUAGGAUUUGUAAA